GAGGCGCCCACAAGACGCGAGCUGAGACACCACGAGCCGGAUCCUGCAAGAUGGACUUUCACAUGUCCAGCACUUCGCCGGCGAAUUAAUCUUUCUCUUCGUGGGCACACGAUAGAAACACACGCCACUCGUUUUCAAGAGGGAGCCGUUCUCCUGGAUUUGUACUAGAGCCGGUGUGCAAAUGGGAAGAUGGUGGUGAUGCACAUGGUAGAAGAAGAGAAGUAAAAACAUCGAUGAACUGAUUGAUUGAUUAAUUGAUUAAUUGCGCUGUGCUUAAACCGACACGGCGAGUGCAAGUAAUCGAUCUUUUGAAUUUUCGGCCGCGAUUUUGUUAAAAGCUUGUCGAGUUCACACGGACAAUGGCGGCGGUAACGAGCCCGGAAUCAAGCGCUCAGCCCCGGGUCUAUUUCCAGACGCCUCCCGGUACCGAGGAAGAAGUUCCCCAGAAACAAGGACGCGUGACGGUGAAAUACGACCGAAAGGAGCUGAGGAGGAGGCUGAAUUUGGAGGAGUGGAUAGUUAGCCAGUUAAUGAAUUUGUACGACUGCGAGGAAGAUGAAGUGCCCGAGCUGGAGAUCGAUGUGGACGAGCUGCUAGACCUUCCCAGUGAUGUAGAGAGAGCCAUCAGAGUGAAGAUGCUGCUUGUCGACUGUUACAAACCUAAUGACGACUUUGUGGCUGCACUGUUGGAGAAGGUUCGAGGGAUGCAGAAGCUCAACACCCCACAGAAGAAGGGGGACAUAACUCCAUGAGCCCCCACCCCCCACCAGCUCCUCCAACAACACCACCACCUCUACUGUUACCCAGUUCCUCCAACCGUGCGCGGUGGAGAAGGACACACAGACCGUACUACUCCACUACAGUGUGUCAAACGGAGACGAGCGAGGAGCUCAGCCAAGCCAAUCUCAGCUGCAGGUUACAUCACUCCAACUGUCUUACUUUCUUUCACUACUGUUUCCUUAAUAUAUUAUUCCCAUAGAGUGUGUGCUAGUGUCCCUUUUUUUAGCUUAAACAUACCGUAAGGGGGCAGGACGUGUUGUGGAAUGGUUCGUGUUCUUCAGUUUUGUACGCUUAAACACUAAGUGCCAUAGGACAUGGCUUUGUGCAUCUGUAAUUGAGUAGAAAAUUAGGUUACGGCUUUUUUACUGUCCACGUAGCUCUCACCUAACGUUUAUUUUAUUUUUUCUUUUAUAACCAACACUUGUUUUAAAACGGGCUUCGGCAGCUAUUAGAGACGACAAGUCGAGUGUUUCAUAUAAACGAAGUGUCUUAGGUUAUGGAUGUGUUUUGAAACUAUAAACGAGGGAACAAGGAAACCGGGGCUUUUUGCGUGUUUGAGAUUUUUCCAUUUAGUAGGUUUUUAGGACAUAACCAACACCGAAUCCUCUGCUUUGUGCUCUAGGUUGCUUCUGGAUGCUUAGAAAACAGAAGGAUAUCCAUAUCUAGUUGAACGAAUUCAAUCAGAACUGUAGCAAUACCUUGAGAGUGCAUUUUUUUUAUUAUUAUUUCCAACGCCGGGUUUGAACCAGGCUCCAUAUAUAUGCAGAUCGAACACUACGACUUUGAGUCCGGAGUGAAAUGUUUCACGGCAGUAUAUUGGUCAUAGCUCAAAAGAAUAACAAACAGAAAAACAUCACUUUUUUUUGUACAUAAAAUUUUUAUUCCACUCAACAAAUUCAACUCGGAACAUUUUGGACGAUCAGAAGUAAACACAAUCCCUGUUUGCUGGAAUGAUAUACUGUACUGUAUGCACUCUCACAUCCAAGUGUGUGUAGUAAGAUUGUUAAGAAAAUAAAGAAUGGUGCUGAAACAA